AAUAGUAGUAUACCUACCAUUGUAUACUGAAAACAUCUCUCGAGUUCAGUGGGUAUUCUCCGUGGCUGACGUAGUGGUGUCGAACAGCUGCCGCGUAGUCGUGCCUUUGUCGGUCGUCGUGGUUUGCCGGUGUAGUAUUUUGGUUAUAAAUAGUUACAAUAUUUUAUUUUCCUCGUUUUUUCAUUUUUGAAAAUUCAUUUCCGAAAACAAUCUCUAAAUCAUGUUCAGCGGAAAAUGUACGAGCAAAGCCAGGCUGGACGGCAAAAUAGCCAUUGUGACCGGAUCGAACACGGGCAUUGGCAAGAUCACGGCCAAGGAGUUUUACAAAAUCGGCGCAAAAGUCAUAAUGGCUUGUCGGGACACGAAAAAAGCCGAACAAGCCGUUACGGAUAUAGUGGCUAAUGUGAAAGGCGAAAACCUGGGUCAGUUGGUCGUCGAAGAACUCAACCUGUCGUCGUUCGCAUCGAUUAAACGUUGCGCAAAAAACAUUUUAGAAAAGGAAUCGAAAAUUCACCUUCUCGUUAAUAACGCCGGAAUAAUGAUGUGCCCGAAAAGCAAGACGGAAGACGGGUUCGAGACUCAGUUCGGAGUAAACCAUUUGGGACACUUUUUGUUCACUUCACUCUUAUUGCCAAGAAUCCGAAGUUCGGCACCGGCCCGAAUCAUCAACGUGUCUUCUAGAGCCCACUUGAGAGGAACGAUCAAUUUCGAAGACAUAAACUUUGACAAAAGCUAUUCCGCCAUGAACGCGUACAGCCAGAGUAAAUUGGCCAACGUGUUAUUUUCAAACGAGCUGGCCUCUCGACUUAAAGACACUGGAGUGAACGUGUACAGUCUACAUCCGGGAAUCGUAGAAACCGAACUGGGCAGGACCGUGGACGAUGUGUAUUUCCCCGGCACGAAAUUCCUUGUAAAACUGUUUCUGUAUCCGUUUAUCAAAACACCCGACCAAGGUGCCCAGACAACAUUGCAUUGUGCUAUAGACGAAAAGGCCGGCCAAGAAACAGGUCUCUACUACAGCGAUUGCAAAGUAAAAGAUACAUCCGCCUUAGCCAAAGAUACCGAACUGGCCAAGAAACUUUGGGAUAAGAGCGUCGAGAUGGUCGGCAUAAGUGGAUACGAUAUGUUCAACACAGCAGGCGAUGCCAUUCCAGAACCGUUAAAGAACCUUUGAACACACAGUUUCUAAGAAUACCUUUUAUUUGUUUAUUAUUUUUAUACCUAAAUUUUUUUAUUUCAUCAUACUCAUGCAUUAUUAAAUGUACUAUUAACGGUAUAAUUGGCCACCAUUUUUGUUUUAAAGAUUUACUAGAAUACAAUACGUAAAUUUGUUAAUUUUAAUUAAAUACAUU